AUGCCAAUUCAGCAGAACGGCUACAACUCAGCAGCCGUCUACAUUGGACAUCAAACGACUUGGAUUCCAGUCAUCCCUCAAUGCAGUUUUCAAGAAAUUCAAGAUCCAUGGAUGAGCCAGGAUGCUUGGAAUGGCCAACCAACGAUGUUUGACGAGGUUAGUUUUGAUUCUACAUCUGUUUACAGACCUGUCGACAGCGCACCGACCGAGCAAAAAUAUAAGACACGCUUAUGUGUCAACUUUGCCAAAGGAGGAUCGAGAAACUGCAGGUAUGGAAAUUUGUGUAAAUUUAUACAUCCUUCAGAUUCCAAAUUGUACGCCCAGCGUUUCCUCGAGACCGAGGAGUUUGCCCAAUUGAAGCAGGACUAUCAAGACGAGGUUCAAAAGCUUCACGUGAUGAAGAAGACGGCGGGGUCACGAGAGUAA